AUGGAAUACCACUUCCCCAAACCACCACGUGGACUCAAAGGCAAAGUCGCCAUCGUCACCGGCGCCGGCGCAGCAGGAGACGGGAUCGGCAACGGCCGUGCCGCGGCCAUCUUGAUGGCUGACGACGGAUGCGCCGUGGUCUGCGUCGACCUAGACAUUGCCCUUGCCCAGCGCACCGUGGAGAUGAUCGAGGCCGAGGCCGUGGGACGGGGACGAGGAGAAGAAACAGGACGACCGCCACGCGCCACGGCCCUCGCCGCCGACGUAUCCAUCGAAUCCGACUGCAAACGCAUUGUCGACACCACGCUCUCGACCUACGGGCGCGUCGACAUCCUCGUCAACAGCGUCGGCAUAGGCGGAACACCAGGCACAGCCGAGACGGUCGACAUGGCCUCGUGGACCAAGAGCAUGGAGAUCAACGUGUCCAGCAUGGUGAUGAUGGCCAAGUACGCCAUCCCUGCCAUGGCGCGCAAUGACGACGACCACCACCCUUCGGAAUCUUCUCCUUCGGGGAUGACGGGUUCCAGGCCCGGGUACGGGUACAAGGGCAGCAUCGUCAACAUGGCCAGCGUCGCCGGCAUCAGAGGCGGCACUCCGCACCUGCUGUACCCGACGAGCAAGGGCGCCGUGGUCAACAUGACGCGCGCCAUGGCCGCCCACCACGCCGCCCAGGGCAUCCGCGUCAACUGCGUCUGUCCCGGCAUGGUCUACACGCCCAUGAUGUACGAGCGCGGCAUGACCGACGAGGCCAGGGAGGCCAGGAAGAACAGGAGUCUGCUCAAGACCGAGGGCAACGGCUGGGACGUCGGUUGUGCAGUGAGGUUCCUUGCAGGUCCCGACUCGAGAUGGAUGACCGGAGUGAUUUUGCCCGUCGACGCUGGCGCCACUUGUGCCGUCGGGACCGAUCUUCCUUCGACUGCCAGUGUUAAUGGGUAA